UGACAUUAGUGGACCAAAAUAUAUCGAAUGAACCCUAUUAAAUCAUUUGUGAUUCAAAAAGAGGAUGCUGCAACAAAUUGACAUUAGCGACAGCAAGUAUGAGUGGUUAGGAAGGCUUCCGGCAGAAUCUCGGUGGCAGCACGAUACUUCGUGGAGUGGCUUGACUGGAUUGAGGGUAAGCGUUCACUUUAUUUUUCAAAUGCUUGUAAUUAUCCUUAUAAAUGAAAUCCAUACGGAAGCCAGGAGAUUGAUUUGGCUACUACCUUUCUUUACACUCUGUUUUUCAAACUAGAUGAACACUAUGGCAGGGAAUGAUUUUUUUUAGAACCCAAUAUACUGCUGCUUGGGUAUUUUUGCUUCUUAGGAUGCAAAAUGGUGAAAUGGUUAAAGAUUUCAUCAUUCAUUUUCAUAUUUUGACAGUAAAAGUUAGCCAAAUGGGUUGAAUUUCUGUGAAAUUUUCUGGCUGUGAUUAUAACAAGUCUUCAGUUUUUUAAAGUGGUAUUAAACCUUUAUACCUGCAUUCUUAUAGUAAAAAAAAAAAAGGGUUCUUUUUGUUGAUUCCUUUGAAAAGCUCAAGUUCAUAAGUGAUGAAGUUUGAAACGAUGAUGAGUUUGUAAAAAAAAACAAAGGAGAGAAUGGGUCCGGCGGUGGUGAUGUUUCAGAGAGUAGAGGGAUAGUUUGAAGAUUGCAGAAAUAAAGAUAGUUUGAGUUGGCUUUUUUUUUUUAACCAUGAGAUCAUUUAAUUGCCACGUGUUCUUUAUCUAUACAAAGACCUCACCGAGUGAAAAAGGUGGGCUGCAAGUUGAAUAAAUCAUUGAGCAAUGCAAACGAUUCAAAAUUCACAUUGAUUCAGGAAAGAAAAAAAGAUUCAUACUUCACUCUCGUCCACAGAGCUUUUGUCCAAAAAAGUUAGAUUUGCACCAAGAAGACGAAGGAUGCUGCUAACAGUUUUUAACAGUUGGGUUUUCUUGGAGACACGAAAGCUUAUUCAAGUGUUCCCAGGGCCUGUGCGGAAAUUAUGGAAUAAUUGGGAGUUACGAGUUUUGGUUCUUGUCAGUUUCACCUUGCAGCUAUCUCUUCUUCACUUGGGAAGUCGUAGAAGAUAUAGUACUAAAACUUGGAUCAGGAUGGUCCUCUGGUUUUCGUACCUAAGUGCUGAUUCAGUGGCAACUGUUGCACUUGGUGUCAUCUCCAAUGAUCAAGGAAAUUCUUGUGCUUGCAAUGAUUCCCAGUCACAAAAUGAGCUCACGGCAUUCUGGGCAUCGUUUCUAUUGUUGCACCUUGGCGACCGGGACACAAUUACAGCUUACGCAGUACAAGACAAUGAAUUGUGGUUAAGGCACUUGCUUGGACUGGUUGUUCAAUUCGGAGUGGCACUCUACAUCUUUCUCGUGUCUUGGAAGGCCAAUUGGCUGUCUUUUCUUACUAUUCUGAUGUUUCUUCGUGGGUUUAUCAAGUUUGCUGAAAGGACAUGGGUCAUGCGAUUAGCAAAUUAUGAUCCGAGCUUUAUAAGGCCAGGGCGGCGACAUAAAGUUCUUGAUAAAAUCACAGAUAAGGUUAAGAAGCAUUUAGUUAUUCGUCGGCUAAUUGCAACUCGUGAUGUCAACUAUACUGGAGAGGACAUACAAAAAGAUGCAUUUCGGCUGUUUAAAAUUUAUAGAUGUCUCUUCCUGAAUCAGAAGGUCAUCAUUUCUUAUCGUAUUCUUUUUCACAAUAGCACCAUUUUUCUUGAUUCUCAAGCCGCCUGGAAGACGAUUGAGGUUGAACUUGGAUAUGCUUAUGAUGUAUUCUACACCAAGGCUCCUUUUUUUUUCACGGCUUGGGGUUUCAUCUUCCGUUCCUUCUCUUUUACGUCCAUUCUUUUUGUGUUUGUGCUUUUUCUUUUAAAAGAAAGGCACAAGCACCUACAGAUAGAUUUGAUUAUCACUUACUUAUUAUUGGUUGGAGCUAUUCUUACAGAGAUAUAUGCUGUCAUUUUACUAAGUAACUCCGAUUGGCCUUGGCCAGAUUUUGAGAAAAUGAAACACCUUCAGACACUAUUUGCUCCCAUAAGAAACUGUUGUGCAAAACUGACUAGUAAACAAAGGUGGUCUAAUUCAAUGGCUCAACUCAAUCUGCUUAGCUUGUGCCUCAAAGAUAAGUUUGAUCAGGAUGGCCAUGGUACCCCAAAACCCUUUGCUAACUUGAGAGAGUUGGUCUUCAAUCAAAUGUUGCUAAAAAUAAAUGGAGAACUGGAGAUCCUUUUGUAUAGGACUCAUAAGCAGGUCUCUGCUGAGUUGAAGGACUUGGUGUACAACACAUUCCGGGAAAAAUUAAGUUCCAACAGCAAUGGGUUUUCCGAAGAGUACAACAAUUACAUAACAGAUGAAACUCAAAAUGUGGAAAUUUACCAAAGGAUUGUCAUCUGGCACAUUGCCACAGAUCUCUGCCUUUACACAGACAGUGGUGCGAACGAACCUAACAAUAAUUUAAGCCGGGAUGUGAGCAAGGAUGUUUCAGAUUAUAUGAUGUAUAUUCUUGUGAUGUGUCCUUUCGUAUUAUCAACAGGAAAUGCAAUAGUCUGUUUUGAAAACACUUGCGAAUCCAUUAAGAAUUUUUUUCAAGAGAAAAAGCUCCCUAGACUGCCUAAAGCGGAUGCUUGUGCAAUGUUGAUCUCAGAAUAUGAAGCUUCAAGCGAUAGUGUAGACGUUUACUUGUUGACUGACUCUGUGUGUCCCAUAGCAGUUCUACUUGCAAAAAAACUGAGUCAACUGGAUGGAAAGUGGGAGAUAUUGAGUAAGUUUUGGGUGGAGAACCUAGCUUAUGUUGCAACUCUUUGUCGAGGAAAUAAUCAUGCUCAACAACUCAGAAAAGGUGGGGAGUUUCUUACGCAUGUCUGGCUUUUGAUAGAGCAAUUCAAUCUCACAGAAAGUUUUCAAAGGUCACAAGCAAGACCACUAGAGGAAGACGACAUGGCAGGAUAGGAGACUUGGGAUUUAUUUGUGUAUUGAAGUUAUCAUCACCAUAUGAAACUGCAAAUUUAAGUUGACAUGUCCCUUGUUCCUUUUCCUUCUCUCUUGAUAUGUAAAAUCCCAAUACAUUUGGGUUCUAGGUGAUUUCAACUUGUUUCUUACCCUUUUCCACCAAUGUUUUGUUGUAGUAUGUACACAUUGUAGAUUAAUAUUUGACUUUAUUGAUAUUUAACAGCACAUAUAUGAUAUA